AUGGAUAAACUGUCCCAACUGCUUCACGCACCCAGAUCCAUGGGCAGAUUUGACGAAGAAGGCGAAGUAGAGUACGUUUUAAAAAUUUUUUUCAGAUUCAAUAAGAACAUCGGAAAAAAAUUGAAAUUGCUACAAGUAUUUUUUUCAGGUGCCUAGGAAUAAUGUUACUCCGUUAAAAUUUUUUUGUUUUUUUUUCCAGAAUUUCAUUAAGAUUCAAUUUUUUCUCUCGAAUAAAAUCAGAAAAAACGAGCCUUUAGUUUGAAAAGUAGAGUUAGUGGAAUUUUCGAAAAACUUUGAUUUUUAAGAUUUCUGAAAAAAGACCGUAACGCGAACCGCUUUGAUCAAAAACUUGGCUUCAGGAACCAGGACGAGCAUUUUGGCCGAUCUUCAUCCUCUUUCCGCGAAGAUUCUGUUUCCUCUGUGCAGACUGUGGAGACGGAUUAUCGGAGGUUUCCAACUUUUUAUUUGAUAUGCACUUUUUCUGCAACCUCUUACCCUUAACAAAAAUGUGUACGUGGAAUUUUCAAUCUCCUAAAAAAAGAGAACGCAGAAAACCUAGAUUUUUGGGUUUGGUACACAUUCAAAGGGAUAAUGAUGAUUCUCGGUUUCUGAAGUUUGAAAGCUCUUUUUUAGCUUAAACGCAACUGAUGCUGACGAUGAGGCGACGCCUCUACCGAGUCUCCCCAACUUCAGCACUCAUCCGUCCACAGUGUAUGUCUUUAAAAAUCCUUUUUAAAUCAUGUUUUUCAUGUUUUUCAUGUUUUUUUCAUGUUUUGAAAAAUUCACUAAGAACGAAAAAUUCUUAUCAUUAAAUUUUACUUAUCAUCUUAGAGAAUCAAAGAAGCCGGGCACAAUGGAGCUCUCAACGUCAUUUAUUGAUCACGAUCUAUCGUUGUACAAAAUUCCUGAAAAAUUUUCUUAUUGUAAUCAUUCAAAAAUUUGAUUUUGUUUCUUUUCGAGUCAAUCAAAUUAUUUAUUCCGUUGUUUCAAUCAGAUAUAAUCGACUAGGCGGUGAACAAGAACUUUAAAUCACGAACAACCGCCUUCAGCAAAAUAGAAGUUCUAGCGUGUAGUCCGAAGAGUUGAAAGGUUAGCCCGACGGUUUUUCGUCUCGUUCUCCUGCGCGUAGUCCAUUCAGUUGCGCCUUUUCAAGUUCGGGAUGUUAGUAGAUAGUGUAGCUGGAGUCCGGAGACCGUGUUCUAGGGGGCAUCUUCAGAAUGAGAGUGACAAUUUCUAGUGACAAUUUUAAACAAAAAUCUUUUUGGUUUAUAUAAGUAUAAAACACUUUCCUCGAUUCUCCCUGCUGUUGCUUCUUAACAAGAUAAUCUUCCAAAGAAUAUGUUGAAUAUUGAAAUAAAAAUUCAGGCGAUUCCACUGUAAAAAAACUAUUAGCAAAACCCUUUUUCUUGAAAAAUCUCAGUUAAAAUAUCUAAUGUUUAAAACUAAUAACCAAGAUUUAAGAUCCAAAAAAACCAGAAGUUGAUCAAUAGAUAUUUUCAGGAUAACUACGCAAAGAUCAGUUUGGAAAAGAGCCUUUCCUGAACCCUGUCAAUAA